AUGCCUAAAAACAACGAGGAGCAGAAAAAGUGUAUCCCCGGCAAGACUUGGGUCGGUAAAGACUCAAAAGGUAAGGAACGCAUCUUGAUCGACGAGAACAACAAAUGGAACAAGAAGUGCAUGCGCGCCUUCGUUAAACGGUCGAAAGAUUUUUGCGAGCCCAUGGAUGACAAUCAAGAUCGCUUGUCCAAGAGAAUUAAAAACUUUGCUGAUAAUGAGUUUACUGUGUGUGUGCGUGAAACUGCGCUCACACAUAUACUGAAAACAACUCGGAACGCGCUCGUCAAAGAGAAAAACGCGCAGUUUCACUGUAAGUUUUCAACAACUUCGGACAGAUUCAAGACAGAGUACAAAAAGGCGUUUGAGAAAAAGUACUCGACUACUAAAAAAACUGUUUCUUUGGAGGUGGUUGAAGACGAUUAUAUUUGGACACCUCAGAAUGCAGAGUGCAGUUGCUUGCUCGCGUGCACUCCAUCGACAAAAAAAGUGAACUCUUUAGCGCCGUUCGAAGGUUUACUUCACGAGGACCACGACGGUUACGGGUGUUGCGUGUACGCAGAAAUGUUUACGAAUACAGAGGUUGAAAAACUCCUGAAAGGCGGUUUGAACGCUCCCGACGCUAAACCGGAAAAGGUUCGAAACGAGUACAGUACUGACGACGACUUCGAGUCAAAUAGAUUGCAAGCACCGCUGAAGGAUGAAGAAAGCAAACAACUUCUUGCUGACUUGAAGAGUAAAGGAAUCGUUCACAAAGAUUACGAGUUUCAAAUCCCAGACGUAAGGAAGUGUCAAAUGCUCGGGAAUGCACCAGGUCCUCUCGCAGAACAGCAAAUGCACAAAGAUAACAAAGGGAACGCAAAGACAGGCGGUGAUCUCGUCAACGUCAUCGUUGCGCUCAAUUUGAUGUACUUGACCAUGUACAGAGAAGGAGAUGGUAAGGUGUAUAAGAAGGAUGUCUGGCUCACACCCGGUUCUGUGUUGUGCUUAUCCGGGUACGCUGCUCACGGCGGGAUGGGCGCUUUACGCGAACCUGAGAAAAACGAUUGUCAUACCCACACACCAAAACGUAUCCAUCUGUAUUUGAAAAGAACGGAAAAUCCGGAUGUGGGGUUUGCGUUUUUUGGAGAUGGGGAUGAUCCGUUGCUCGAGAAAGAAACCGGAUUACUUCAAACGGUGUACUUUACGGGAAUAGACGAUUUCAUCGACGAAACGAACGAAUUCUGGAAAAAAUUAGGCAAUCAUUUGAAACUUGUUUGA